AUGGCGCUCCCCCUGGGCAAGCUGGGCGAUCUGGUGCUGAAGACGCUCAGCAAGCCGCUCGCCAAGGCCAUCAAGCGCCGCGCCGCCAGCCACCCCAAGUUCCGCGCCUCCAUCGCCAACUGGGCGCAGGGCUACCACCGGUUCACGGUGCGGCUGCAGCGGCGGCUGUACGGGCAGGCCCCCGCGGGGCACAUCAAGCGGUUGAACGAGGAGAAGGCCGUUAGCACGGCCAGCGAGGUGGUGGGGGAGCUCAUCGUGUUCGCCGUGGCGGGGGGCGUGGUGUUCAUUGAGGCGGCUCGGAGCGCCCGGUCGAAUGCCCGCAAGGAGGCCAAGCUGAAGCAGGAGCGCGAGGCGCUGCACGAGGGGGACAGGCAGCUGGAGGAGGAGGCGAGGCGGCUGAGGGAGCGCGUGGAGCAGCUAGAGGAGGCCCUGGCUGCUGACGUCUGGCUGCCACGUGUCCUCACUGGAUUGGCCACCGGGUCUACUUCUGCCUCCUCCUCGUCCUCCGCUUCUAAUUCCUCCUCUUCUGGUUCCUCCUCGGGUUCCUCAGUCCCCACUCCACCUGCAGCAGUGGGAGGGACAAGAGAAGGGGAAGCAGAGGGCAGGGGAGUGGAGAGCAGGGAAGGGGGCGAGAGUGAGGGGUAUGGGGUGGAGGAGGAGCAGGGAGAGGGAUCGGGGGCUGGGGGUAGCAGAAGGGAGGGUGGUGAGGGGCCGGGAGAGGGACAGGAGAAGGGCGGGCGGGCAGGUGUGGGAGGGCGAGUGAGAAGAUGGAUGGGUGGGUGGAUGGGUGGGUGGGGUGGUGGUUCUAAGCAUGCGCCGGGAGCAGCAGCAGGGGAUGGGGUGGUGCGGAUUAACGACAUGGAAGGGGGGGAUGGGACUGGGGAGGAAGGUGGUGGAGGGGAGGAGGAGGGUGCAGUGGAGUUGAAGAUGAGUGCAAGCAGAUGA